AUUCAAAGAUGAGUCUGCUCGCGGGCAAGGUGUACACCUUAGCAGUUGUUAGCUCUUAUGCGUUGUGCUUGGUAUCGUCAGUGACUUCAAAUGUGAUAGUUGUGAUCCGAUAUUUCGCGCUACUGCUUCAGUCGAGAUACAGAGCAGUUGGGGCGUUAAAACGCAACUUAGCCGUAAUGAUUACGUUUUGGCCGUUGGGCAUUGAUGUAAAACGACCAUAGUCCGAUGUUUAAUUUCUUCUCGUCGUAGCCGGCGGGGACAGUUUAUAGAAUGACAAGGUCGCACAUAGGUUUGUAGCGAAGAGUGGGUGAGACUUGCCUAUUGUUAACACUAUGUUCAGUUCAAAAACACUGAUAGAUCCCUUUAAAAAAAAAACCAUGUUUUAAAUUGAAGGUAAACUGCAGGACUGCAGCACUUUAUUCAGGCGUUAGAAAAAAUAAAACAAACUGAAAAAUUACUUUGAAAAGGAGUUUAAAGAGGUGGACCCUAUGUAACAAAAACUUCCCUAAUAUAAAAUGUGUAUUAAAAAGCUAAUGCUAAAGAUUCCAUUACAAAUACAAGUGCUAAAAAUCUAGAUUAUAAAAUACGUAAAAACGAUUUCAGAGCUUUCUUAAAAAGGGUGUUCAGGUUGUCGGCCAACAUUUGCAGAUACAUCGUUCCACUCGUGGACGAAUUGAACGAAAACAGAGUAUUUGCAACAGUUGCAGUCGCAACGCUUUACUUUGAGUUUGAAAUUUUGAUUGCUCUUAGUUGCGAGGUCAGCUGUUCAGUGUCGUUUGUAUCUCACUAUGUUUCAGGAAAUCAGAGACGCACACAGUGAGUAAAAAAAGUCAUCAACGUCAUCAUCAUUAAAAAUUAUGAUAACAAUGGGAUAAAAAGAUCAGAUUUUACAGUCUUGCCAUAUUCGAGCUUUCAACUCUUUGUUAUAAUUUCGUUUCCUUCAUUAUAAUUUUUGACUAGCUUUACAGAAUAUUAAGAAUUUGCAGUUGAGGAGCGAGCAACUCAUACCCCACUAUUGGCGAUUUAUCUCUGAUGUUUGAUUGUCGAAUUCAAAGAUGUCCUGCUCUUGUCCUGCCUGAAAUAUCAUUUAUCUUCCGCUCUCAGAGGCUAGCUUUUAACUUGGUGGUCAUUUGACAGUCAACAUCAGCAGCUGUUUGAAACAUCUUAGACCACGAAGCAAUAUUCAUCUUGGCAUUAAAAACGGGGAUUAAGCAUUCCGGCGCACCAAAAGCCGAUUAAGCUGGCUAUGAUUAUUCAUUAAGGCUUACUCUGAUAUCGCGUAUACAAAUGUAAUUUUUUCUGUGGAAAACUGUUUAUUCUUUCAUAUCUUUAUCUCCCUUAUUAGAUUGCAUAUCUCCUGGUAUCGUCACCCAAAAUCUAUUCAUUAAUUGACGCGUAAAUCAAAGAGCCCAUUACCAAAUGGAUUCCUGUUCAAUUCCCGAAAUGUCGACACCCACGCGCUUAAAAUUGACUUAAGUAAAACACAAAACGAUGAUUUACAGUACGUGAUUUACAAUGGAUUUACCAAAAGACUUUCUUCCUCAAUUGUAAUUGGAUUGCUCUGCAAAAAGAAAACAAAAAAACAAACAAAUGGGGCAAAAAAAUAGCCGCUUCUUCAUUGAUUGCAACGCCCAUCCAUCUAGAAAGCACACAUGUAUGCAAGCAAUACCUCUUAUACAGUACAUCACUGGUUUUAGAUAACAUCCUUUACGCAAAUGCAAUUUGCGCUCUGCACGCAAAUCUGCGUAGGAGGAUUGGCGCAGAAGUUUUUUAUUGCAAUAAUGAAAUUUUGAGUUGGCGAGAUCUGAAUUGCGUAGGAAAAUAUCAGACAGGUGACUGAAAACGUGCUCUUUGAUGAAUCAGAAUAGGAAAACCCUCCAACAGAAGAAAGCAUAUUGACACAAACGUUUUUUUUUUUUUCUUUUUUCUUUUUUUUGUAUCUUCCUGCAACAUAAAAGGCUUAAAGCUUUAUUGAGUUCUCGACGAAGGAUUGUUUUAGCAGACGUCAUGGAACGCAAUGAUCUACAGCCACUUUCAUGCUAUCUUGAUGACUGGAAAUUUCAAUAACGGCGAGCUUAAUUAGUUCUAAUUACGACACAGCAAUACGCAGCUGACAAAGAUUAAAACUAACUGCUAAUAAGGAUUGGUCAGUUACUCCCUCGCGCGCGUCAUAAUAAACGUGGCGGCGUUUUAUGAAUCGUGAUCUAUUAGCAUUUUUGAGGUUGCCAAGAAUACGGGUUGGAGUGCUUCGGGUAUGAAUGACUUAUUUGCAUGAAGUUAUUUUCAGAACCUAAUGGUAAUAUAAGGCAUUUGCAAAGUAAAACUUUCAUUAUUUUCCAGAAAGUUAAAUGCUGACCGACCUGCUGGCGAAAGAAGAUUGUUCGUGCCUUACCAAGUGACCAUAAGGAUAGGAUAGCUGCAAUCCCCGAUCCUGAUAAAGUUAACCGCAUUGCAACCCAGCCUCUUCCACGUGCACUAAACUGAAACCCACAGUAAGACGACCGAGUGACAGUGUACAUCUGUCUUUGGUUAUUUCUUCUCAAGAUGUCCAACGCCACUGACCUUUUGGACAACGUUUCGUGCCCCUUGAACACCACAGCGGGACCAGAUGUUGAAGGAGCUCCCCAAGGCGUGAAGCCACAAUAUGAAGUUAUUUAUGAAGUCUUGCCUGUCGCUGUGGUAAUCGUUAUAGUGAACAGCAUGGUCUUCUACCUGUUUGCCAAAAGUAAGCGGCUCCGUACCCCAACCAACUGCCUUCUUCUAAGCUUGGCGGUGUGCGACUUUAUGGCGGGUUUCAUUUGUAUUCCUUUGUUUAUCGUUGUUGUUUUACAAGCUAUAAACCUCCCGGGGCUACAUCUUGGCUAUUUGAACGUCGUUUUCAACAAUUUCAUUGCUGUAUCAGCUGCUUACCACAUUCUCGCAAUCACGCUUGAGCGAUUCGUCUGCAUUAAGUGGCCCUUUUCCCACCUCAAGUCGACAAAGAAGUCGAUGCUGAAAGUGGCUUUGCUCGUUUGGUUUGUUGCCGCUGUCGUUGGCUUUAUGCCGUAUGCUUGGUGUUUCCUGCUGUUAACCGACGACGUUGCCUUUAGAAAGAUACAAUUUGGCUAUAUAGUUUUCUGUUUGGCAUUCGUGUUCCUGGUACCAUGCAUCUUGAUCGUCGUUUCUCAAAUCAUCACUUUCAAAGCCAUUGCCAAGAGUUGUGGACAGGGAUUGGGUGCCAGGAAGGCCGACCAAAGAAAAGCAAAAAACGACAAAAAAUGUCUCAUCAUUUUUGGAUUGAUGGCGUUCAUAUACGUGGUUUGCUGGCUUCCGUGGUUUGUCAUCAGCCUUUAUUUCUCGUUCUGGUUCCCACUCAGCCAAGAAACCCUUGAAAUGCUCAUAAAGCUACCACAAGUGGUCGCCAUUUUUAGGUACGUGACCUCAAUAGUCAAUCCCUUGCUCUAUACAUUUUUCAAAAAGGAUUUCAUUACAGCUUUCAAACGCUUUGUGUUAAGAAAAAAAAACCUCAGCCGUUCAUUGACCACCACAACCACCCGGCUUGGUAAAGGGAGUUCACAAAAAAGAAGGUCGAUUGGUUCAGGGUUAACCAAUGAAAAUAUGGAGGAGAAAGAUCUCAAUACCGUCCUGUAAACAGAGAAACCAAUGGAACAGUAACGAAAAACAAUUACUUACCGUAGGGACUUCCUAAGCUAAGCUCAUACUGUAGCGCAUGCUGCAAGAAUUUUCAAUUUUUAAAUUCCUUGGUUCUCGCCGUGUCGGUCUCGGAGUAAGAGCAAGCAAACUGGUAACGUCAAAGAUGACGUACAGACGGCUCCUCUCCGAAACAACUCUGCAAGAACAAAUGACUUACAAAAAGCUACAUUUUAGGUAUUUUAAACAGUUAUAUUUUAGAGCGCCAAGUGCCUAUAAUUUCAAGGUCAGCUCAGAGCAGCACACAAACAUUAAAUUGGUUUUAGUUUGAUAUCUCACUGGGCUUAAGGGCUAAAGGAGGCCUUUUUACAAUAUUACACUGCUUUUAAGAAUUAUACUAUAUGUUAUAUGUUGUAUUGCUAUGAGAACACUCCAAGGUCCUUUGCUACAGGUGUUGGUGAUGUCAGUUUGACACAAAGUGGAAUUUUAAAAAAGAGUAAUUGUUUUCGCACACCUAUCACAAGAAUUUUGGUGUUAUCUGGACUCAUGGGCAAGGAGAUUUGACAGCACCACCUACAAACUCUCUGGGAUUAGAAUUCACUGCGGAGAUUGCAUCAUGCAACUCACUAGUUUUAUAUUUAAAAUAGAUUUGAGAAUCAUAAACAUAACAAGCAGUUUGGCCGCCAAACUACUUGUUAUUAGGUACAGAUAGCAGAUCACUGAUAUAACCAGUGACCAGAACAAUAACAAGGAUGAGUCCCUCUGUAGUACGUCAUAGUCAAGUGGAAGAGACUGGGAAACUGUAUCCCCAAUUCGAACUUGUUGGUACCUUCCUUUAAGGUAACUGUUGAACCAUUCCUGUGCUGAUGGUGACAAGCCAAGGCUGUAAGAUUUAGAUAACAACAUAUUAUGAUUUAUACUGUCUAAAUUCUUUGGCAUGUCCAUCAGCACCGGUAGUGAAAUGCAAGCAUGCAAGCGUUGAGCCAUUUUUCUUUGCCUUAAUGGCUUUGCUAAGCGGGAAGAGGCACGGUUGCGGGCUUUAAGCAAUCUUAGCAAUUCCUAAGCAAUUCAUGGGCUAAAACCUCAGCCGGCUGAAUUAUGUCGCUACAGGCGUUCAGUUUGAUAACGAGCGAGGGAGAGAGGGGCUUGGCGAGAGGAAUGGAGCACUUCUCGCGAAUUGUUUCGCUCACCGUUUCCCGCACUGCUCUCGAACUACCUGAAUGCCUGCAAGAGGCUAGGUCUCAAGAUGUUAAUUAUCCAUGCCAUAUGUAUUACCGUAUAAUAAGAGAAAAUUAAACUAGAAUUCGAAGGCAA